AUGAUUUUUGAAAGUAUUUUAAUUUUGACAAUGACACUAACAUCUAUAAAUUCAGUAGCGAUCGGUCCAGAACUGACGAUUGAUGGAGAAUCGGCUAGACAUUAUGAUUCACGGUAUUCAAUAUUUGACAAACCUUAUACAGUUGAUUUUAAGUAUCAUAAUUAUGAUAAAAUGAGUCGGUUUUUACGAGCCACAUCUCUUCGCUACCAAAAUCUCACUGCCCUUUAUUCUAUUGGAAAAUCUGUUAAAGGACGUGACUUAUGGGUCAUGGUUGUUUCUUCUUCGCCGUAUGAACACAUGAUAGGCAAACCUGAUGUCAAAUAUGUAGCUAAUAUUCACGGUAAUGAAGCUGUAGGCCGUGAAUUAAUGUUACAUCUUAUCCAUUUAUUAGUAACAAAAUACGGAUCUGACGCAUAUAUAACAUGGCUAUUAGACAAUACAAGAAUUCAUAUUCUUCCUUCGAUGAAUCCGGACGGUUUUGAAGUAUCUAAAGAAGGCUUUUGCGAAGGCAGCCAGGGCAGAUACAAUGCACGAGGAUUUGACUUAAAUCGUAAUUUUCCCGAUUAUUUCAAGCAGAAUAACAAGAAAACUCAACCGGAAACAGAAGCGGUGAGAGAAUGGGUGUCAAAAAUCCAAUUUGUAUUAUCCGGAAGUUUACACGGGGGUGCUCUUGUGGCCAGCUAUCCGUUCGAUAAUACUCCAAACUCGCUGUUCCAGAGCUAUUCAUCAGCUCCGAGUAUUUCUCCCGACGACGACGUGUUCCGUCAUUUAUCAUUAACAUACUCACAGAACCAUGGAUCAAUGCAUCGUGGAGAAGCUUGCUCACCAUCUCAACGAGGCUUUAAAAAUGGAAUAACCAACGGAGCUGAAUGGUACCCACUUACCGGUGGUAUGCAAGACUUUAAUUACGUCUGGAAUGGCUGCAUGGAGAUAACAUUUGAAUUGUCCUGCUGUAAAUACCCACCAGCUGAAGAUCUCAAGCAUUACUGGGAAGAAAACCGUGUUUCUCUGAUAAAAUUCUUGGCAGAAGCGCACCGGGGUGUGCAUGGAUUUGUAGUCGACGAAAAUGGCAAUCCUAUUGAAAGAGCUUCAGUAAAAGUUAAAGGAAGAGAUGUCAGUUUUCUUACUACAAAAUACGGUGAAUUCUGGAGAAUUCUUAUGCCUGGAAUUUAUAAACUUGAAGUUUAUGCAAACGGAUACGCUCCUCGUGAAAUAGAGUUUAUGGUGAUUGAACAGCAUCCUACUCUUCUUAAUGUCACAUUACACAGUACUAAGAGACAAGAUGACACCGUAGAUGGGCAUUAUGGAGGAAAUGGAGGAAACGGAGGAGCAGUACGCCCUUAUCCUCACCGAGAUUAUACACUCCACAUUAGACCAAGUGGUUCAACUUAUUCCACCGUCUCAUCAGAAUCAAACAAUGGAAUUUUUUCAUCCAUUAGCAAUGGAUUCAACUCACUGGUGAAUAAUCUGUUUGGCUGA